AUGAGCCGAUCGCCAUCAUCUGCCGCAAGAGCGGUUUCGGAUCACGUCGAUCCUUUAUCGGCACUAUGGGCUGCCGAUGAGUCAUUGGUACCGAGAAAUUUCAGCAUCGAACCUGAACACAAAACAGUGAUUGUGUUGGAUCAUUCACCGAAUUUUGCUGCAUCGUCCAAAAAUUGUAUGGAAAUAAUGGUUAAAGACUCAUCAACAUCACAGUUACGAUUGGGCAGUGUUGUGGAGAAGAGUUUGUGGACGUGCGCAACGGAAUGCGCGAUUGAGUUCCGCCGUAUCGUUGAUGAGAUUUAUCCGGAUGGAAGUCGACUGAUACGUUUCGUGAUUUCUGAUUUCGUGGCCAGAUUCCUGACAUCUGCGUGGGGAUGUAAAUUGGUUGAGCAGGAUAAACUGUUUCAAUUGCUGUCUGGAUGCGAAGUGCCCGAUGCGAAAGCGGACACCCUGUCGUGUUCGAUAAUUAACGGUAUUUCGAUGGCGGUUGAAGCGAUCAGUGAGCUGAGUGAUCUCCAGAAGAAAUAUAUUCAAAUAUUUCAACGAAUCAAUCCAAACGUCAACCAUAACAAUGGAGGAACACCUAAUAAAUCAACGACAUCGCCUUCAGCAACACCAACAACAUUAACGACAAUCAAGCGAAAUUCAUUCAAUGCCAUUCAGAAACUCAAAAUUGAGCCAACGCCCGAAAAUAAAAAGUUUAGAAUGAAUCGUUUGGAAUCAAUGAAGAAAAAAUUCAAUUAUGCGUUGCGCAAUUGGCUGGUAAGAGAUGAAGAGAGCAUGAAAAACUGUAUGCGGAACGCUGGAUCCGUUGUGGUGUUUACAACUCUGCAAAGCGAUGAGGAUGUGACAAUGAUUGUGAAACAUUUAACCGAAGAAAUUACGAGUCGUAACAAAAUCAUCAACGCGCUAGACGGCGAUAAGAAGUUUGUUCAUUUAUUCGCUUAUAGCACUGAUCAUGUUUUCGCACCAAUUUCACAUGUGAAUCUUUAUGUAAUCAGUUUACAUCCAGUUGGAGUGUUAAAAGGUGAUGCAAUUUCCAUACCACAGCAAAAACCUCUGGCCAAGGUGAAUGAAUACGUCUCAUGUAGUGUGCUACGAUCUGAAGCCAACGAAAGCUUAACGCCAAUGGUGCAUGGCGUAAUCCUGGAACAUUACAAGCUUGCAUCUACCACAGUUACGAGUAUACCGAUGAAGGAGGAGGCACAGCAAGGACAAUCAGCCAAUUACGAUGUGGAAAUAUUCCAUCCAAGACGAAGUCAUCGUUUACUUCAAGAAAUGAAGUUGAUCGGUAAUGAAUCAAAAUUACGAACUCGAUCAGCUUGUGGCGCUUAUGAUACCAUUAAGUUAUCGUGGACUACACCCAAUGCCAAAACCAAAUGGGAUCAGUUUUCGUACAGUGUGUCAGCGUUGCCAAUAUCACCCGCAAGUCUCCACAGCCGUCCAUCGGUGUGUCUCACUUCGUAUUUACUCACGAACCGUAAUGUUAUGCUCGAGGUGUUGACGCAAGACGUUCAUCCACCAUGUGCUGUCUCAUCGAACGUUGGUCAGAAGUUGGUAUCGCAUUUACUGAUUUGCCAUGCUGGACGAAUCUACUUGCAUACUGUACAUAUUGGAGAACACUCCAUUUUGAACGAUGCCAAACUGAGCAAUAAAGUGAAAUUCAAGAAAGCGUCAGCGAUGCGAGUUUCUGAUUUUGCAACGUUGAUGAAAGAGUCUCAACUGAGUUAUACGAGCCCAUCUGAAGAAAAUGUUGCAAAUAAUUCAUCGUCUCCAUCACAAUCCUACAAUGAAAGAGCUCGAAAACAUCUCCGUCGUAUUACACGUUACUGGCCAAUCAAACUCUGCGAUUCGUUCAUCUACAAUAUUCCUAUGCGUUUCGAACCACUUCUAUCAACAAUUCGUAAAAGUGAGCUGUCAACGAACGAUGUGAACAGAUGCAGAGAAUGUAUUUGUGCACUUAUCGCUUCACGAGAUUCCAAAGAGCCGUUCACUGCAAAGACGAUAAAAUGUAAUAAGCUGAAAAAUCCUGGAAAUAAAGAUGAGCAGUUUCGAGUGGCUUGCGACGAGUUGCUGAAUCAUUUGCAUAAUUAUGUGAAUCAUUCAGAGAGACAUUUGGAGGUGUUCAACAUGUUUCUUCAGAUUUCGGGACUGGAUCGUGCUGUGAAUAUGUCAAUUGCUGACGUUAAUCUUACGGAUCAAGUCAGCAGUUCGACGCCGCCAGUAACGCAGCCAUCGAUACGUUCAGUGGAAAGUCCCAGCUCAUCGCCAUCAGAUAGCUAUCGAUCGAUGAGUCGAAGUAAUUCACCACUACCGAAGAAACCGAGGAAGAACAUUCAUAUGUGGUCGCUUAAUGAGGUGAUCAACGUGGCAGAAUUGUUCAACGAGCGCUAUCUGAAGGAAAGUUGGUCGAGAUGGCAAGAUUUUGUUGGGCGUGAGCAGGCUGGUUCAAAGGCAGCACAUCUCUAUCCAAACCUUGAUCUCAGCAAAUCUCAUCGGAAAGGUGAUAAUGAAUAG